AAAAGCCCACGGAAGUGCCAGUUUACACGCCCAUGCAAAGUUCUUCAGAUGCUGGUACCAAGUAAAAGUGCCAAAUCAAGAGGAGGAAACGUACAAAUAUUGGUGCACGUUUAACUCUCACUGGAUGCAGUUCGUAAAGCCUGACACAUUAUGGCAUCCGAAGCUGUUUAUUCGCACAGAGACCCGAUGCUGAAGAAAAGAGAUGACUUUGAGGACCUCCUGGAGGAGAGGAGGACCUCCAGCGACCUGAGAUACGCCCUCAAAUGUUACACUCCGGUGCUUUACAAAGGACUGGCACCGUGUAAAGCCAGCGUGCUGAAGAGCAUGGUGCUUCAGUCCAGUCAGCUGCACUAUGUCAUCAAUCAGGUUUCCAAAGAGACGGGCAGGGCUCCUGAUGACGUCCAGGAGGAGGCGUCGGCCAUCUUGGAAGAGAUGGCUCACUGUCUGCAGCUCAGCACCAUUCGCUUCUUUGCCUUCAUGCUCAGCAAGGUCUUUAAAACCUUGUUCAGAAGCAUCUGUGUCAACGAAGAGGGCAUCCAGAGGCUCCAACAGGCCAUUCAGGAGCACCCGGUGGUCCUGUUACCCAGUCACCGUAGCUACAUGGACUUCCUGCUGAUGUCAUACAUCCUGUACACGUAUGACCUGGCUCUGCCUGUCAUCGCUGCCGGGAUGGACUUCAUGGGGAUGAAAUUUGUUGGGGAGAUGCUGCGGAUGUCUGGAGCUUUCUUCAUUCGCAGGUCGUUUGGUGGGGACAAGCUGUACUGGUCUGUCUUCUCCGAGUACGUGAAGAUCAUGCUCAAGAAUGGAUACGCACCUGUCGAAUUUUUCCUGGAGGGGACCAGAAGCCGAACGGCGAAAUCUUUGACACCAAAGUUAGGUCUGUUGAACAUCGUCAUGGACCCAUUCCUUAAAGGGGAGGUGUUUGAUGUUAGCGUGGUUCCAGUCAGUAUCAGCUAUGAGAGGAUCUUGGAGGAGGCGCUUUACGCCCGGGAACUGCUGGGUGUACCCAAACCCAAGGAGUCCACUUCAGGCCUGUUUAAAGCCAGGAAGGUCCUCAGUGAAGACUACGGCAGCAUCCAUGUCUACUUUGGUCAGCCGGUGUCUGUCAGGAGCUUAGCGGAGGGCAGAGUUAACCGCUCUCAGUUCAACCUGGUGCCAAGACACAUCCCCAGGAGGUCCAGCGAGCAGAUCCACCGCUUCGUGAAUGACUCGGCCUACGGGCUGGUGAGGGCCCAGGAGGAGAACAUGGUCCUGAAGCCGUGGGUCCUUCUGGCCUCCCUGCUGCUCCAGAACCACCACCGCACCCAGACGGCGGGGCAGAAACCAGGGAUGGUGCUGGACGAGCUAACUGCACAAGCUGUGUGGCUCAGAGACGUUUUCAGGCAGUACGGAGCCUUCCUCCACUGGCCCGACCACACACCUCCAUCAGAGGUGGUUUCCUCCAGUCUUUCCCUGCAUCGAGGUCUCGUGAGAGUCUGUGAGGGCAGGGUCCAGCUGGCGGUGGAACAAGGAGGACAAGCGAGGCCGGGGGAGCCUCGCAGCACCGUCACGCCCGAGGAGGAGCUCUUGAGCCAGGCAGUCGUCGUACUCUCCUGUGCCUCGUACAGGAACCAGGGCCUGCAUGUGUUUCUCCGGCCGGCUCUGCUGGCCUCGGCCAUCCACGCAGCCUCCUCCACCCGGAAACAGGAGAUCUUCAACAGCUUCAGCUUUCUAAGGAACAUGUUCUCCAACGAGUUCAUCCUCUGUCCUGGAGCUACAGUGCAGGACUUUGAGGAGGCCUGUUACCUGCUGGUGAAGACCGGAGCUCUACAGGUUUCCCAAAACGAGGUUCUGAUAACAGAAAGAGGACACAGAACAAUGGCUUUCCUCACCAGCAUGCUGGACCCGUUCUUACAGGGCUACCAGAUGGUGUGCCGGUUCCUGUGUGAAGAGGCCAACGAGACACUGACAGACAAACAGUUCGUUCCUGCCGUCCGCAAGUUCAUCAUCAAACACCUCCUUGCAGGUAGUCUAAGAUACGCUGAGGUGUUGUCGUCCGACCUCCAGAAGAACAGCCUGGCAGCUUUGCUAAGACUCGGAGCUGUACGGAGGAUCAAAGGAGACAAGCAGGAGACUUUAAAGGUCAACAAGGUGAUGGUGAACUCGCUGGAAGACACUCUGGGAGGAAAACUGCCCACUCAGAAAGCUGUCGUCGCCCGACUUUAAUUCACCGACCUCACGAGGGGACCGAGGAGGGUCGACUCUUUAUGGCCGCGUCGACUUGACGUCUCGGCUCUUGUUUGCCGCACUGCUUUCUAUGAGAGAUGGAACAAAAGAGUCGCCAUGUGGAGACAACUCAACCUUUUUCCUUCUCUUUCGCCUUUUUCCCUCUCUCUCUGACUCUUCUAUUAAAACCCUUUUCCUGUGUGUUCAUAAAGCAAGGGCUCAGCGUUGCCUCUGAUGGCGAACGCUCGGCUCUUUCACUCACUCUGAGCGACUGACCGUGCCAAAGCUUGCGGAUGCGGCGACUCCACUCGCGAUGGCGGCCGUCCUCCAUUAACGCAUUAACACUCAGUGUGGCGUUUCUGUGUGUUAUCUUUCAGUCCCUCUUUUCAUCUGUGUUUGUCUUUUGUCUCUUUCGUUUCCUCCGUGAGCACUUUAAUGAAUUUAUUCACGUAAUGUGAUGUGGACCUACGUCUUCACUCGCUUUUAUCUUAUUUUCCUGUUUUAUGUUUAACAAAAGUUGCUAAAAAUGUUGGUUAAAGAGGUUUGGGUGGUUGCAUAUUUAACUUUUGUUUAAAAAAGAAAAGAGUUUGCUUUGCACCGUAUGGAAGAAAGUGUUGAUGUAUUUGGGUUGAAGUGCUUCAGGAGUAGCUUUUCCCAGGGGUCACUGCUGCGUUUAAACCGCGCCGGUUCGGGUUUGCCACCCGCCCUCAGGCCUUUUGCCAACACACCCGAGCCUCUCAGACAAGCAGUGCGUUCGUCUUUGUUUACACGGUGGAGAUAAAGCUACAAGUCGAAUGUCACUGUCACAGAGCUGCCAAACUGCAUGUCAGACUGCAGGUAGUUAAACUGAAGUACUACCAGCUGCACCAAAGGAAUACGUUUUGGCUUUUUUCUUUUGUUCACUGUUGGAGAUAAUUUACAUACUUUUCAUAUUCUCAAGUCUAGAAUAGUUUGUGAAGUUCCUUCAAAGUUACUGAAUUUUUUAAAGCCAGAAUAUAUUAAGGCGGUUUUAUAUUCGGCCUUUAUUUAUUGUCAAAGCGACGCACGAUAUCAUUUUGUUACAAGGAAAGAAGAAAUGAAAGGAAAAUCGUAGCAGCAGCUGUAACAAAAGCUCAGAGGGACAGUGCAGGUCAGGACUUAAUGUAAAAAAGAGUUUUGAAAGAACCAGGCCAACAGGUAAAUUAUUUUUCAGCACUCAGGAUUACCGACUGUGUUCAUUUCAUUUUUUUUAAUUCACAUUUUCCAAAUUAGUUUAGCUACAGAAGUCCUCAUUUUGAAGCUAUUUAUUUGGUUGUUGACUAGCAGUGUUUUCAUGUUGACUUUGAAAUCAUAUUCCACUGGUGUUAGCAGAUUGAGGUUCUGCAGAAACGGGAAGGAAGAAGUAAAAAUCUAAUCGCUUGAGUUAAACCUCACGGCAGAACCAAACAGCUUUUCCAAACAGGUUUUCUGGCACUUUGACAGUAAGAACAUCAGUCCAAUUCUGGCUCUAAUUCCUGCUGGUUGUUGUGUGAUGCUGGUGACGGCACGAACGCCACACAUUUUCUGAUGCGUCCCUUUUCCACUACAAACAACCAUCUGUCUGUCUGACGAAACAAGAUAGAAAGAUUUAAACAGGAAACGUCUAAUUCGGUGCCGUCUUCUCUGUACCUGAUGCUUGGUUGUAAGAACAGGGACUGGCAGGUUUGGUAUCCAGCCCUCCUCCAAGUUGUGUGUGAUAUUUGGCGUUUUGUUUGUGAGGGGGAAAAAAGUAGCAUUAAAACUAACCUGAAACUUAGUCUUCUGUGAGAAGAAAGUUAAAGUUUCAGCGUUCUGACUCAUCAGUACUGAUGAACGGCUCUCAUCUGUUAAUAUGAGGACGUGAUGUUCCUGCUACAAACGGCAGAAAGUUGGUUUGGCUGCAGGAAGUUUUCCAUCUUGAAGUUUAUCUUUCAUUUUUUAAAAAAAAGCCAAACACAUGUAUAAAAGCUUAAAUCACAAUAUUAUUUCAUCACCAAAUUUGCCAGAUGGUAAACUUGUUGCAAGUCUUCACUCUCGAGUUUAACUCAGCCAACACCAAAGCCACACAACAACAAUCUGCAGCCACGCAGACGUCAUCCAAAGUGUGAGUGUGUUAGCGCUUAAACUGUUGGUUUUUUGGGGGGUUUUUCAGCAUUAAUUAACAGCUUUUAUACUGUUAAAAUAUCUGAAAACUGUAUAACGUUUGUGUGUGUGUGUGUGCGUGCGUGCAUGUGCCUUUUAGUACCAAGUGUGCAGGUCAUUGAAAUACAAUAUAAUGUUAAUAAAGUGUUUUAAAAUACA